AUGGUGGUUAACGAGAUCUUCCCCAGCUUCAUCCAGCGCAUCGAGUCGGCCGUGCCGCUGGGCUACAGGACGCCUCCGUUCCCCUCGCUCUACUGGCCGCUUCCUCCUGGCCACAACCCGUCCUUUUACCUUUACCGGCCCGACGACAUCCUCCGCUUCACCGUCUACUGGACCCUCCUCUUGCUCGGCGGCAUACACCUGAUCACGGCCCUGUGGGCAUGCGUCAUACAAUGGCGCAACUGGAAGCUCAUCUGGAUCGCCCUGCCUGUCUUCAUCAUCAUAGGAGGCGUCGAGGCCCUGAUUUCGGGUGCAAUCGUCGGCGGGCUCCUCGGAGGCGUGUACCAGGCCGGAUACUUUGAAAUGUCGACGUGGAUUCCCUUUGUCUGGGCCGUCAUCAACACACUAGUGCUUAUCCUAUCUUCUUUCGCCAUCUACGGCGGUCUCUGA